AUCACUUGAGAUUUGGAGAAAAAAAAAACACCCACAGAGCUUUUUGGUAAAAUAUAGGGAUGUACAGUAUCUUCACAAACACACAGCCUGAUCUGCAUUAUCUGAUGUCUAGACGUUUAUCAUCUCCUUUGCAUAUCACGUGUUUGGCCCUGGCCAAUAACCUCGCGAUCUUUAUGUACUCAGCCGUGUUGGUAUCGUUACUCUGCCCGAGUCCCUGUCUCUGCUCAGUCGAGGGGGUUUUGAAAAAGAGUUGGUCGUCUCAAUGUAGGGCAUGCUAUGACCGCCUCAUUGCUCCUCCACUCGCACUGGAUUGACCCGGUGAUGUUCCUCUACGACAGCGGUUUGGAUGAAAGAAGCAAGAACAUGGAAGGAUUUACCGGAGGCAAUUUUGCUGCAAAUCAGUGCCGGAAUUUGUUAGCGCAUCCAACUUCACUGGCUCCCAGCACCACCUACACUGCGAGUGAGGUGCCAGUCUCUGGCAUGGGGGAGCCUGGCAAACAAUGCAGCCCCUGUUCUGCCACUCAGAGCUCGCCCAAUGCAUCUUUGCCCUAUGGAUAUUUUGGCAGCAGUUAUUACCCAUGUAGGAUGUCACACGGCAGCGUCAAGGCUUGCGCGCAGCCCUCCGGUUACGGCGAUAAAUACAUGGACUCGUCGGUCUCUGGUGAGGAGUUCUCCACCAGGGCAAAAGAAUUUGCAUUUUAUCAGGGCUAUUCCUCGGCCCCUUACCAGCCCAGCUACUUGGACGUCCCUGUCGUACCUGCCCUGAGUGCUCCAUCUGAGCCCAGGCACGAGUCUCUGCUGCCCAUGGAGCCCUACCAGCCAUGGGCCAUCACCAACGGUUGGAGUGGUCAGGUUUACUGCACCAAGGAGCAGCCGCAGUCAAACCCUCUGUGGAAAUCUUCGUUACAAGGUAUUUUAUUAGACACUAUAUCUGGUGGGGACAGCUCUAUCCGUCGUGGGAGAAAGAAACGUGUGCCAUACACCAAGGUGCAGCUUAAAGAACUGGAAAGAGAGUAUGCCACCAAUAAAUUCAUCACCAAAGACAAAAGAAGAAGGAUAUCCGCGCAGACAAACCUCACAGAGAGACAAGUGACAAUCUGGUUUCAGAACCGGCGCGUAAAGGAGAAAAAAGUCGUCAAUAAAUUCAAGAGCUCCAGUUAGCUCCUGCAUCAGGAAGUGAAAGAGGCGGACAUGGAUGCGCUUUCAUCCACAAACUGUGCCAUAAUUUAUUACGCUCCGAACGGUUUGGUUGUCGCCAGAAAGGCUCUACACGUUUGACCUACACAUUUCCUUCCUCACGUUUUAAUUGGAACCAGUCUAAACGACCUGUUGGCAGAAGAUUGGAAAUGGUUUGGAACAUGCUUACCAAGGCGGCUCUGCGUGGGAUGUUUUUAAUAUUUCCAAAAGAUAAGACAUUCUGCCUCGAGGCACAAGACACUCCGUCCAGUCGUGCGUUUUUCUUCCAUUGAACCCAGAAAUGAAGGCUGAAGACCCACUUUCAACUUUCAGUUUUCUACGCCUUAGAGCAGUAGUAAACCAAAAGUAAACACCAUGAAAACAGGCCAGGCUAAACAAAUGCAAAUACCCGUUAAAUAUAUGACCCCAAUUCGUAAAGAAAACUCUAUUCCUCAGUUUGGAAACUUGAAAAAAUAGUUUACGCAACAUCCUUGCCUUUGGAAAUCCAAUCAGUUAAUUAAAAUAAGCCUUUAUCUAUUAAUAUCAGCCUAGUAAAACUAGCCAGUGGCUUAGACCUCAUUUUGUCCACUUCAAUAUUUCUUUGUUUAUUUUCUUUCUGAAUACAGGGUUUUUAAAAUCAAAUUUACUCAACGUGCUCACCACUUAUGCAGUUUCUACCUGUCCUUCAGCAUUUUUUUCUUUCUUUGCAGAAAUCACAUUUAAGCAUGUAAAUACUACAACUGCAACUAUCUAUUCUCCCUUUUUUGACUGCAAUAGCCAACAUUUUUGACAAUAAAUGUUUGAGAGAUGUGAUCUUGUCAUUUCAUUCAUCACUUUUUGGGUCCAAAUGUGGACAUGGAUGCUCGAUCAACGGAAAGUAGAUUUUACAAACUCCGUUCAUGUUUAAAUCUCACUUACAAAUAGCAUUUAGAGUACAUAUUUCCUGUACUGAUGCUGGUGAAGGUUAUGGAGGCCCACAGGCCUGCAGGCUUGUUGAGCUUAGGACUGUGGGCCAUCAGGAGUUUGUCGCCAUCUAGUGGCGAAGAUCUUUCAGCACAACACGUUUGUACAUAGAGUCAAUUCUGUGUAUCUGUGUUCAUAUCUGUAGUCUCACAGAAGAGUGUGUCUGUGUGUCAGAAAGACAAAUGAGGAAAAACACCUGUUGCUUUACACCCGAUUUAGCUGCCUGUUAUUACAAAUGUGACAAAAAUAGCAACGUGUCGCUUUAGAAGACCGUGUAGA